AUGGCCCGCCUCCCCAUCAUCCGCAUCGCCCACGGCACCUUUUACAGGCACCACCCCAGCUCCCAACCCUCGUCUCACCCGAAUCCUCCGCUCUUUAGUGACCUCUCCUUUGAGAUUCCGUCGCAUUCACCGGUGCCGCACAACUGGUGUGUCGUCGGUCCUUCGCUCUCCGGCAAGACCACUUUCCUUCAGCUCCUGCGCGGACGUUUGCUCUGUGAACCCCCGACGGCGAGGUCCUUCCCCUACCUGUCCCAGGGCGAGAUUGCGCCGCGGCUGAGGAUCCCCCAGAAAGCAGUGCGUUAUGUUGGAUUCUCUGCCGAGAAUGGCGCUGGCGGGCUGGCGGGUGGAGGCGUCACCGGGUCGGCGUACCUUUCUGCGAGGUAUGAGUCGAGGCGAGAGAUAACCGACUUCUCGCUGCGGGACUUUCUCGUGGGGAAUACGGAGCUCAACCCGCUCAAGGUGCCUCCGGAGAAUGACGAAGAAGCCAUCUCGACGGAGCUCCUGGAACGGGUCGUCAAGGACCUGCACCUUCACCAUCUGCUCGACCUGCCCGUCUCUUUUCUCAGCAACGGCCAGGGAAGGCGAGCACGGAUUGCGCGCGCGCUGCUGACGAGGCCGGAAGUUUUGUUGCUGGACGAGCCCUUCAUGGGACUCGACCCCCCGACAGUCUCCGGCCUCAGCCCUCUGCUCAAGUCGCUGGCCCAGAAGGCGAACCCGCGGCUGAUACUGAGUGCAAGACCCCAAGACCCAUUGCCUGAAUGGAUCACGCAUCUCGUAUAUCUCAGAACAGAUUGCCAGGUGGCAUCAAUGGGCCCCAAGCAGCAAGUGCUCGAUGGACUGAAAAAGUACCUUCGCGGCGUUGACAAGGGAGAGCUCCUCGAGGAUGAGAAGCUACCGUGCCAAGCCCUUCACGAAGUUGGUCGUGUCCUGUCGACCAAAGGUUCGCACAUCGAAACGAAGACGACAGAACAAUCAUUCUCGCAAGUCUCUAGCGUGACAAAUACUGACGCGGAGCCUUUGGUGGAGAUGGACGGCUGCCAGGUCCGGUACGGCGACAAGAUUGCUCUCGGCAACUGGUCGCAACAGACAAGCCAGGGCACGAAAUUGGGCAUGGUAUGGACAGUUCGCCGAGGCGAGCGAUGGGGUGUCUUCGGACCAAACGGCUCAGGCAAAACGACGAUCGUCUCGUUGUUGAGCUCCGACCACCCGCAGACGUAUUCGAUGCCCAUCAAGCUCUUCGGUCGUCAUCGUCUUCCCGAGCCGGGUUCCGGCAUCCGGCCGCUAACGUUUUGGGAUAUCCAAUCCCGCAUCGGCCACUCCAGUCCCGAGGUUCACGAGCACAUGCCGCGCGGCCAUAGCCUCCGACAGGUAGUCGAGAACGCCUGGGCGGAUACCUUUGGGGCCCGUCCCAAGCUUGACGCCGUGGCGAGACAGAGAGUUGACGCGGCCCUGCGUUGGUUUGCGCCGGAGCUGUGCCCGAACCCGGCAGAGUCGGCGUCGGCAUCUGCGUCGGCGUCGGCAUCUGCGUCGGCGUCGGCGGGCGGAGAUGCUCUGGAUCUACGCUGGGCGGACGACUACCUCUUCGGCGAGGUCUCCUUUUCCGCCCAGCGGGUCGCACUCUUCCUCCGGUCCGUCAUCAAGAGCCCCGAAAUUGUCGUCCUUGACGAGGCCUUCAGUGGCAUGGACGAUGCCGUCCGGGACAAGUGCACCUUGUUCCUCACCGAAGGCGAGACGAAAACGCACCGCGCCGGCGUCGUCGUGGAUAGCGAGUUGGGCCGCUCAGGCACCGCCGUUGUGCACGGUCUUACGGAUCGGCAAGCACUCAUCUGCAUCGCCCAUGUCAAGGAGGAGGUUCCCGAUUGUGUUCGGGAGUGGGUGUGCCUCCCCGAGGCGAACACCGGGCGACCGGCGAGGUUUGGUCGGUUGGAGGGACCGCUGCGAGAGGGCGAGCGACGGUGGUCUGACGUUUGGGGAUUCCGGACUAGCUGA